AUGGGUACUAUUGGGGAUGACGAAUACUUGAGGUGUGAUGCGGAAAAUGUAGAGGAAGAAAUGCGGAUGGAACGAAUACGCCAAUCAGCUUCUCGUCACAAUUGGGCUCACUUCAACGAAGCAUUUUACAAAAAUCUCAUGGAUAAACGUAUUCGACUGGACGCUAAUGGCAAAGAAGACUGGCAAAAUGCUAUUCACUUUUUGAAGAAACAAAUGCCUUGUGAUGAUAGUCGUGAAACUUCAGCACAGUUGCGUUAUCUUGCAGAAAAUAUUGGGUGCGACUUCGAAACGUUACCGAACUUGUUCAAACUGAAGAGUCCGUGCAUCUCUCUAGAAAUUAAUGUUUGUGGUACAAAUGUCGUUUCCUCUUCCAUAUCCAUCUUCGGCUCCCCAAUGAAGGAAUCACCUCGACUAACUUCAUUAAUGGCUAGCCAUCGAUGGGGAACAAUUUUGACGUCGCUUAGUGCAUUACGAGGCCUUCUGCCUUCUAACUUAACAAGAGAUGAAAAAGAUUACUGUUUGCGAUCUUUAGAAAUCUUGGAACGGGACCUCCAAGAUACAAGUGCUAACAACUUCCCUUUGCUGGACAAGAUUAACAGAGGCGUUUUAGGGCUUUGCUACCCUCGUACAGAAAUAUCCCCUUUCACUAUUCAUUUAGUUGCAGAUCCGAAAGCUUUCUUUGACCCGAAAUCUCCAAGCCUCUUUUCCGUAAACGAAGAAGCACUAAUGGAAAGCCCGCUGGUGCCAUGUGCGAGACUGUGCGUCUCUGCGAGCAAUUCCCCAAAUUUAUUUCCCGAUCGGUCCUUUCUUGACCCUCAAGGAAAAUGGGUUUCUUCAAAUACCGGUCGUUCUUUGCUGGCUGCAUUUUGCUUACGCUUCGGUCGACCAAUUAUAUUCUGUAGUGGCGCACUGAGAAAACUCUCAGAACUCUGUACGGGAGAACUUAAAGUUAAAGGAGGCCUCAAUAUUUACAGCUACCUGAUGGGUGAUAAUGACGAUGAAAAGAAAACCGAGCUAAUCGUAAAAUUACCUGGGUGUGUGGUCCAAAGGUACGAGCUAGACGAAUCAAUGACCAGCACAAUGGAAGACGGGAUUGUUGAAGAGAUAUGUUUUGCCCAUCCCCGAGAUGCGAUUUCAAUCGUGAACAUUGUGCGGUCUCAGCUGACUCAUAACUUCCUUUUUGAAAGCUUGGUCAGAGCACACCACCCCACUGCCUGUAUGGAUGGGGCCGUCCCAAUAAGGCUCACUGUCUCUUCAUUACACAAUUACGAACUUGUUUUCGAAAUGAAUAGGGGCUUAUUUAUUGGUACGCCGCAAUAA